AUGACGGCGGAAGCCUCACUGGCCUUCCGGCAGAAGUCCUUGUUCCAAACAACUGUAGAGACGGUUGAAGAGGAUGCGAAAGAAAAUCUUUCCGGCGAUGUUGAGGAGGGAGAUGUGUCCGUGGUUGUUGUAAAGAUGGCGGCUCCCCUUCCAUCUGAAGAGAUGGAUGAUUGUGGCGUCGUCGAAGUCCUGAGGAACAUCUCCUUGACGCUACUUCGCCUAAAUGAACGCAGUCACGUGUUCCAUAAGUUGGCAGCCAUCGUGCUUGUAGAUCUCAGCAGGGAUCGCCUCCGAUUGGAACGCUUUCCCCUUGGAGAGCUGCUGCACGGCCCUGAUGGUUUCAUGGGGAGAGGGUGGGAGGUCGAGGUCGGCGUGGGUCCCUAA